UCUGCUGCUGAGGCUGCCCCUUGGUCACUGUCCCUCGGCUGCGCUGCUGUCCCGUUCCCACAGCUCACACCUCGGAUUUGGGCUCUUAUGGAUCGUUUCCAGUUCCAUCGGGGCGCUGGUCCUGUUCUGUGCUCUCUCCCUCAGGACAAGGAUUGCAGGAAGGAGGUCCCCACACAGCAAUCCCCUCCUCCCUCUCCGGGCAGUUGGGGCAGCUCCCAGCCCAGGGCUGGCCCCAGCCUGGCCCAGGGCACCCGCAGUGUCCCCACCCAGACCUCGAGGUGCCCCCUGGGCUCCUGUGACAGCUGCUCCAGCGCCCAGGCCAGCUUAAGGGAGGUGGGCAGGGCCAUCAGCAGCCUCUGCCAGAGCCAGAACAUCCCCUCAGCCCUCAGCAAAUUCCAGGAGGUGCUGGAGGACAGCGCCGGGAGAAGGAGGCUCUCUGCCACAGACCUGAGCUACUGGGCCUCGGAGCAGAGCAAGGAUCUCUCCCGGAUCAACAAACACCUCCAGGAGCUGCUGCAGCAGCUGAACCCCGUGAAGGCUGAGCUGGAAGAGGUGGGGAAACAGAAGGAGGAGCUGAGGAAACAAGUGGAGGACUUUUCCCAGAAGCUGCAGGCAGAGAAGGAGACCCAAGUGCAGCAGCAGAGGAAGGCAGAGCAGAGCCUGAAAGCCAAGGACAAGGAGCAUUCGGAGGCUGUGGCCAGGCUGGAACGGGAUAAGGAUGAUCUAAGGAGAGGAGCGGCUCUGCUGGAGGAGCGACUCUCCAGCCUGAAGGAGGAGCUGGAAGUGAAGCAGGCAGCUCUGCAGGAGCUGGAGCUCACCAAGACCACCUUGCUGGAGGAGAUGAAGACGACCAUGGUGGCCCGGAGCCAGAUGCUGGAGCUGGAGGAGAAGGUGCAGAUGCUCACAGGGCAGCGGGACAGCCUGGACCGGGAGUUGAGUGCCACCAGCACGGAGCUGGAGAAGGAGAAGGUGCGAGUGCAGAGUGUGCUGCUGCACGAGGAGUCCCUGCAGGCCAAGCAGAGGCUCCUGCUGCAGCAGCUGGACAGGCUGGACCGGGAGCGGGAGGAGCUGCAGAACGGCCUGGGAGAGGCCGAGGAGGACAAGGCCCGGCUGGAGGAGCAGCUGGAGCAGAGCCGGGAGCAGAGCCAGAAACAGCUCCAGGCGCAGCAGGAGCUGCUGGACACGCUGCAGCAGGAGAAACUGGCCCUGGAGCAAUCCAUCCUGGAGCUGCAGGCAAACACAUCCCGGCUGGAGGAGCAGGCACAGGAGCUGAGGGAGCGGGAGAGGCUCCUGGUGUUCUUCCCUGAGCUCCACGUCCCCACCGAGGUGCAGUUUGAGAGCACUGGAAACUUGACAGAGGACAUGGAGAAUCAGCUCCAAGCCAACAUCAUCCGGAUCGGGGUGCUGGAGCGGGAGAACGCGCGGCUUGGCACGGUGCUGGCCAAGGUGAAGGCAGCUGCCCAGCAGGGUGUGCUCAAGGUGAGCUGGGGCCAUGGGGCAGAGGGGUGUCCCAGCAGGGGAGGCAGCAGCAACAGCAGGGACAGCAGAGGGAUGCCAGGAUGCAUGGACAAGGCCUGGCAUCGAGUUCCCAGCAGCCAGCACUCCAAGCUGCUCCGGGCAGAGCCCACAUUCCAGGCCAGACCCUGCCUGUCGCUCCCCGUGGGACGCCUGGGGCUCGACCCCUCUUGCACCACACGGGGACCCACCACAAAUAAACACUGA